CCCUGAAGAGUGCUGGAGGAAAACAGAGAGGCUAACUGACACUUACUCUCAGCCACUGAUCUUUGGCUCAGCAACAGGUGUUUAAAAAAGUUUGUUCUUAAAAGACAAAACAAUUUACCCUUCCAGCUGCAAGACAAUUAUCUAAUCAUCAGGAAUUAUAAAGGAAGGAUCCUAUUUCCUUUUUUAUGGAAUUUUUAUUAACAGUUAGUUGACAUCAAAGAUUUCCACAAUGGUGUUUCAAAACAGGCUUCUAAUUCUUUUGGGAGUGUUGUAUAUGCAGUUCUCAUUAAUCAUCACCGAAUCCCAAUCUCGAGAAGGAGAACAUGGGCUCACCUUUAGUCAUGUCUACAAAAUUGACCUGCCAAAGUCUUCUAGUUGCAAUGUGGAGUUAGACUCUCUCCCAGCCAAAGACCAGGGCUCUGAGAUGGUAACAUCACCUGAGGGUCAGCUGGAAGACAAUAAUUUGGUCUUCAGGCAUAACAUUCGGCUGCAGACACCCAAAUGUGAUUGUGAAAGUUCAGAUGCAUUCAAAUCCAUGUUGCUUAGACUAAGUCGUCUAGAAGAAGAAGUAAACUCCCUAAAAGAUCAGUGCUCUCAAGGAUGCUGUGGUGGAGGAAAAGGAGGCAUUGCCAGUCUUUGCAGCAACCAUGGAACAUUUAAGAGAGAGACAUGCGAAUGUGAUUGUGAUGAAGGCUGGGAAGGAGAAGACUGCUCAACCCGCAGCUGCCCAAAUGACUGCACUGACAAUGGCCGAUGUGAAGAUGGCAAAUGCAUAUGCUACCAGGGCUAUGCUGGUGUCGACUGCAGUGAGUUGCUGUGCCCGGGUGACUGCAGUGAUAAAGGUCACUGCGUGGAUGGAGUUUGUCAGUGUUUUGAAGGUUUCAUGGGAGAUGACUGCAGCCAGCGCAGGUGUCCCAAUGACUGCAGCAAUAAUGGGAAAUGCAACAAUGGUGUCUGCAUUUGUGACGAAGGAUUUACCGGUCACGACUGCUCCAAAGUCCUUGGUCCCAAAAACCUGCGUCUAGUUAGAGCAACUGAAGAAUCGUUGCUAGUGGAUUGGGAACACGUGCCGGGUGCAGAAUAUUACGUCAUCACAUAUCACCCUGCAGGAGCAGAAGGAUCUAUCCAGCAAAUCAGAGUUCCCAGAUCCCAGAACUCUUACCUGAUCACUGGCUUGAUGCCAGGUGUCAAGUACAUCAUUCAGCUAUAUGCUGUGAUAAAGGAAACAUCAAGUCAGCCAAGCAGCCUGGAGGCAAGCACAGUGAUCUAUUUAAUUGACCAGAUCAAAGUGAUCUCACAAACAGAGGAUUCGAUUCAUGUUGAAUGGAAGAACCCCCCAACUGAAGUCGACUAUUUCAAGUUGACGGUUGUCAUGCCUGAUGGUCAGGAGAAAGAAAUUAGGGUAGCAAAAGGAGAAGGAGCUAAAACAAGUUAUAUAAUAAAAAAUCUCCUUCCCGGCACCAUGUAUCUGAUUAGAGUGCAGUCAGUCCAUGGAGAUGCAGAGGGGAAGCCAUCGUCUGUCAAUGGGAUGACUGAGCUUGAUAGUCCGACUAACCUGGUAACAAAGAGUGUGACUGAAGACACAGCUACACUGUCAUGGAACAAAGUAUUGGCUCCUAUUGAUAGCUACAGAAUCAGCUACUCCUCUGCAGAUGGCCAGAGUCAGGAGAUCUCGGUAGGUGCUGAUAAGAAUACUCACAUGCUGACUGGGUUAAGACCUGGAGUCGAGUAUACCAUCUACAUCUGGGCAAUAAAAGGAAACCGGAAAAGUAAGAAGGCUUCAACUAAAGCGGUCACAGACCUUGAUGGCCCCACCAAUUUACUAACAAUGAGUGUCACAGAAGACACAGCCAUGCUUUCCUGGAACAAAGCACUUGGCCCAGUUGAUGGCUACAGGAUCAGCUACUCUUCAGCAGAUGGCCACAGUCAGGAGAUAUUAGUAGGAGCUGAAAAGAACUCUCAUAAACUGACUGGACUAAGACCAGGAGUGGAGUAUGUAGUUAACAUGUGGGCUGUGAAUGGAAACCAGAACAGUAAGAAGAUCUCAACAAAAGCUACCACAGACCUCGACAGCCCAACCAAUUUACUAAUAAAGAGUGUCACUGAGGAUGCAGCCUUACUAUCCUGGAACAAAGUAUUGGCACCAGUUGAUGGCUACAGGAUCAGCUACUCCUCAGCAGAUGGGCAGAGCCAGGAGAUAUCAGUGGGUGCUGAGAAGAACUCUCACAAACUGAGAGGACUGAGACCUGGAGUGGAGUAUACGGUGUAUGUGUGGGCUGUGAAGGGAAACCAGAACAGUAAGAAGAGUUCAACAAAAACUACUACAGACUUCGACAGCCCCUCCAAUUUACUAACAAAAAGUGUAACGGAAGACACCGCCACACUUUCCUGGAACAAAGCAUUUGCCCCAGUUGAUGGCUACAGGAUCAGCUAUUCUUCCAAAGAUGGGCAAAGCCAGGAGAUUUCAGUAGGAGCUGAAGAGAACUCUCAUACUCUGACUGGACUGAGACCUGGGAUGGAAUAUACGGUCUAUGUUUGGGCUGUGAAAGGAAAUCGUAAUAGUAAGAAGAUCUCAACAAAAGCUACUACAGACCUCGACAGCCCCACAAACUUACUAACAAAAAGUGUCACAGAAGACACAGCCACACUUUCUUGGAAUAAAGUACUGGCCCCAGUUGAUGGCUACAGGAUCAGCUACUCCUCAGCUGAUGGGAAAAGCCAGGAGAUAUCCGUGAACACUGAGAAGGACUCUCAUAAACUGACAGGACUGAAACCCGGGGUGGAAUACACAGUCAACAUCUGGGCUGUGAAGGGAAACCAGAACAGUAAGAAGAGUUCAACAAAGGCUACUACAGACCUGGACAGCCCCACCAAUUUACUAACUAAGAGUGUCACUGAGGACACAGCCACACUUUCCUGGAAUAAAGUACGGGCCCCAGUUGAUGGCUAUAGGAUCAGCUACUCCUCUCCAGAUGGGCAGAGUCAGGAGAUAUCAGUGGGAAAUGAGAAGAAUUCUCAUAAACUGACAGGACUGAAACCCGGGGUGGAGUAUACGGUCUAUCUGUGGGCCGUGAAGGGAAGACAGAGCAGUAAGAAGACCUCGACAAAAUCUACUACAGAUCUAGACAGUCCUACUAAUUUACAUACAAAGAGUGUCACUGAGGACACAGCCACGCUUUCCUGGAACAAAGUUUUGGCUCCAAUUGAUGGCUACUGGAUUAGCUACUCCUCAACAGAUGGUCAGAGCCAGGAGAUAUCUGUAGGAGCUGAGAAGAACUCUCAUAAACUAACUGGACUGAGACCUGGAGUGGAGUAUACAGUCUACCUGUGGGCUGUGAAGGGAAGCCAGAGCAGUAAGAAGGCCUCAACAAAAUCUACUACAGAGCUAGACAGUCCUACCAAUUUACAUACAAUGAGUGUCACUGAGGACACAGCCACACUUUCCUGGAACAAAGUUUUGGCCCCAGUUGAUGGCUACAGGAUCAGCUACUCCUCAGCAGAUGGGCAAAGCCAGGAGAUCUCAGUGGGACCUGAAAUGGAUUCUCACAAGCUGACUGGACUUAGGCCUGGAGUGGAAUACACGGUUAACAUCUGGGCUGUGAAAGGAAGAAAGACCAGUAAGAAGGCCUCAGCUAAAGCCACGACAGAUAUUGACAGCCCAACUAAUUUGGUGGCAACAAGUGUGACUGAGGACACAGUUGCGCUGUCCUGGAACAAAGUACUGGCUCCAGUGGAUGGGUACAGAAUCAGCUACAUCUCGGCAGAUGGGCAAAGUCAGGAGAUCUCAGUGGGAGCAGAAAAGAACUCCCACAAGCUGACUGGGCUCAGACCUGGAGUGGAGUAUACUAUCUACAUCUGGGCGGUGAAAGGAAAUCGAAAAAGCAAGAAGACGUCCACCAAAGCUACAACAAAUAUUGAUGCUCCAACAAAUCUGAAAGUGACUGAUGUGAAGCAAAGCAACGGAAUUGUCACUUGGACUCCCCCCAGUGCUUCUAUUGAUGGUUACAUCCUGACUUAUAGGAGAGCUGAUGGAAAUGGACAGGAGACUGAGAAGCAACUGGGCCCUUCAAACACGAGGUACACCCUUGAAGGAUUAGAGUUGGGGGUCCGUUAUAUUGUUCGUUUAGUAGCAUUCAAAGGUGUGCAGCGCAGCCGAGUGGCCGAGACCACAUUCUCAACAGUUGGUAUUCCUUUCCCCUUCCCUAUGGACUGCACCCAGAUGAUGAAGAAUGGAAAUACAACCAGUGGAAUCUACACAAUUUAUGUGAACAAUGACCGCUCCAAACCAAUGGCUGUCUACUGUGACAUGACAACAGAUGGGGGUGGAUGGAUUGUUUUCCAGAGACGCAAUAGCGGAAAAGUUGAUUUCUUGAGACGAUGGAAAAAUUACACUCAAGGCUUUGGAGACAUGAAUGAUGAAUUCUGGCUUGGUCUGGAGAAGAUUUACGAACUAACAAACACCCCAACUCAGUAUGAGCUGCGUGUUGAUCUAAGGGCAGGUUCGGAGUCGGUGUAUGCUGUAUAUGACAGCUUUAAACUUGCACCCUCAAGACAGAAAUACAAAAUCUCUGUUGGCAACUACAGAGGCAAUGCAGGUGAUGCUAUGACCUACCACCAAGGAAGAGCCUUUACAACAAUGGACCAAGAUAAUGACAUUGCCUUGAGUAACUGUGCCUUUUCACACCGUGGAGCUUGGUGGUACAAGAACUGCCACUUGGCAAAUCUCAAUGGAAAAUAUGGAGAUAGCACCCAUAGUCAGGGAAUAAACUGGGAGCCUUGGAAAGGCCAUGAGUUCUCAAUUCCAUUUGUCGAGAUGAAAAUUCGAGCACACGUAUCAAGUGAUCCUACAGCUACUGGGAGGAAGAAGAGAUCUUUGGCCAUGAGAGGAAAACGAAUCAAUUAAAAAGGGAAAAAAGAGGAAGAAAAUGACAGCACAAUGAAUUUGUUUAUUGUAUGUAUCAGGGCAUUGUCACUAAAACAGAAUGUUGAUUAGACGAGAGAGGUAAGGCAUGUGUACUGAAUGGGUGGAGAAUAAAAACUGAUUUAACUUCUCUCAAUCCUUGUUGCUUAUAAUUUUGUAACAUUGUAUGGAUGACCACACCCAUCUUAAUUAUGGGAUCAAACAGAUACUGAUAUUCAAGUGUAUGUGCAGCAGUUUGGUUGGUUUGGCUACAGUAUGUAGUAUUUCAUGAUCACUUCACCUUUCAGACCUUUGUGACUUUGCAUUUAUUUCAGUUAAAAUCCGAAAGCAUCUGUUUAAACCAUGGCUUAAGACUUUAAAGGUUAUACAUAACAUUUCAUAUAUAUUUAUAUAUAUAUAUAUAUAUAUAUAUAUAUAUAUAUAUAUAUAUAUAUAUAUAUAUAUAUAUAUAUAUAUAUAUAUUUAGAGCUCUUUAUGUACCAAACAAAUACCUCUGCUCUGUAAUUUUAAUCUUGCCAUAAUAUUUAAGGAGUGCCUGGUCCAGUCAUUUCAUGGAUGCUGUAUGUAUAAUCUCUCAUAUUUCACUUCUUAAGACAGUAACUAAAUUUAUGUAUAAACUCAGUUUAAAAAUAACUAUUGGAAUUGUGCUUCUGAAUCUGUAUAAACCUCUGACAUUUGAGGUCAGUUAUGUUAAAUCUUGGUGAAUUAUUAUUGCUACCAUUUGUUCCUAUUUUGAAAGUACAGUGUUAAAAUGAAAUAAGCUAUACCUCAGUCAAGAAUAUAAUAUAAAGAUGUUUUUCGCUGGGCAGUCAAAUGGUUUGUUUCAGCAUUGACAAACUGAGCUCACUGCAGUUACCACAAACAUAUUACCUAAUGGGUUAUUUGCUGGUGUAUUUUUAUUUUUAUCAAAUAAAGUAUGUGUUCUGGCAAUGUAAUCCUACAGUCCGCUCCACUUUAAACACUAAAAUUUCAUAAUUUGCCACUUAGAGGUUGAAUCAGUCAAGUCAAUCUGUCUCACAAGCAGUAUUUCUUCAUAUACGUUAUCAAUAUCAAUUCAGCAGCAAGUUUCAAGCUAAUAGGGGAAGAAGCAAAAACUCAAGGUUCUCCAUACUAUUCUGGUUGCCAUCCAUUGUUAAAUAUAUAAUUCACAGUCAAUCUGCAAGAAAAUCAUCUGAUGUGAUGUCUAACAGUUUGUAAUUUGCAUAUUAAAACAGCUCAAAUGUGAAUGCUGACAACAGCAGUAGAAUUAGGCAACAGUUGAAGCAUGUGCUAAGCUGCAAUGAGUCACUUAUUUCUCAAUGUGCACUCUUCCCUGGAAGGCUUAAAGCCUUUAUCUGCCCUGAGUUCAUUUUCUAUCUGGCUUGUCCUUCACAUUCAUGCAAAGCGCACAAUCAGUUUCCACUGUAGUAAUUUAUUCAGUUUUCUAUGUAUACAUUUAACAGUGCAUCGUGUUCUUGCCUGUUGCUUCGUCAUCCUACAUAACAGCACACAAAUGAUGGCUGUGAGUUGUUAAUUUCUGUGGUCAACACCUCACACAUCCAUAGAUUGUGAAGCAUUUUGAGUUCCGAGUUUAAAUUUAAAAAUGACAACCAUUUUACAAUAUACUUUUCUCUAGGUUCAUUUGUUUUUUAUGCAAAUAUAUGAAGUAGUUGUAUAAGACCAUAAUUCAAAGCUACUUAAAAUAUUAUCAUAAUAAAGAAUUUUACGAAUUCAUUAAUCAAAAAAUAAGAUUAGUAUAUGUAAUUGCAAUUUCAAUUCUGCUGAUGAUUUAUUGCAACCAAAUUCUGCAUUUGGUGGUGGGUACAGCGACUAAAUUGACUGCAUUCGUUACAAUUAAAAAAGCAACAGUGUUAUUGUUUACCAAAAGGAGUAAAUUUAUAUGUUUUAAUAAUCAAUGAUGUAACUUUUAUUAUUGCAUUCCAAAUAUUUUUUAAAUUUUAUACACCAGUAAAUGUAUGUUCUUUGUUCAUUGUAAUAGUUACAUGUGCAUGGUCUGAUUGGUUCAAAAAAAUAAACAUACUUCUCA